CGCGGACCGACGAUGUUAUGAUAUGCGCGGGAGUUUGUGUUGAACGUUAUGCCUUCUCAGAAAACUUCGAAAAGUGACAGGAGCAAAAAGGGUUUUCGCGAAGGCAGCGCGCGAUGGCGGGACGAGAUCAGCGAGGUGACGGAAGAUGACUCUGACGAGGUGGAGGCUGGGUACAUAUCCAGCGACGAGUCGGCGCACGCAGCCGACCUCGGGGACCGACUGAGGGUCAAAUCCAGGGAUAUUUGGGAGCUAGAAGAAAUACAACAUUUCUUACACCAGCUACCUUACGCGGAUGAGAUAUCUGCGCUGGUAGAAACAGGCCACUAUGAAGACGCUAUCAGCUUCGUCUCUCAAGAAGAUGAAGUGGCUAUGCGGACAGCCGUGCUAUGGGCUUGCUGGAUGGGGAAGUGCUCUUUCUUGUCCAAGUUACUGAAGAUUGGAGCGGAUCCUAACAGUGCUGAUGACGCUGGGAGGUCAUGUUUACACUUGAGCUGUCUAGUGGCGAAGGAAGAAUGCGUGAAGUUGUUAUUGGAACAUGGGGCCGACCCGAAUAUGUGGGAUGCGAAGACUGAAAGAAAAGCCACACCUUUGCAUUGCGCUGCGAGCGCAAAGUCUUUGUCUUGCGUGAAGGCUCUUCUAAGCCACGGGGCUGAUGUGAAUGCAGGUCUGAGUGAACAUUCCCCGCUGCAUUACGCAGUGCUUAGCGACGCGCCGGAAGUGGUUGGCGCGCUGCUGGAGGCCGGGGCGUGUCCUGACACUCCGCAGGUGUUCACAGAAACACCUCUACACGUGGCAGCGUCACUAGGUUCCGCAGUAUGUAUGAAGUUGCUGCUCGACGCAGGCGCAGAUGUCCGCGCCGCUUUGGGGCCGGGCAGGGCAACCGCGCUACAUUUAGCAGCUGUAGACGGCCAUGCUGAGUGCGCUGGUCUCUUACUAGAGCAUGGAGCGCAUAUCGACUGGCCCAAUUCAAGAGGUCAAACUAGUCUUCAUCUAGCUGCAUUAGCACAGUCAGUGGAAGUGGUGGAACUGUUGGUGGCCAAGAGAGCUGAUGUUCGCGCAAGAGAUGUUGACGGAAGGACUCCACUGCACGGGGCAAUAGUGCGGGGCGCUCGAGCGUGUGAUGUCGCGAGGUUACUGCUCUCAGUCGGUGCGGAUCCUAACGCCCCGGAUAAUUUCGGCUAUACCCCGCUGCAUAUCGCCGCAUUGAAUGAGUUCUCUGCGUGUGUUUUACUGCUAUUAGAUUACGGCGGCGACGUGACACUGCGGACCAAUGGCGGAGUAUCGGCUCUAUCGUUCAUAGUGCGACGAGUACCCGAUGUGAUUCCGCGGUACAUUAGCAAGUUUGACGACGCGGUGCAUGUCAGCGAGCACGAAAUCGGCGAUGUCGAUUGCGAACUCACAAUCGACUUCCGACCUCUGGUUCCGUGUCUGUCCAGAGGGGAGUCUGAGUUACUACUGGCUUUUGUGGAGGUUGGUCGAAAAGACCUACUGAAGCAUCCGGUAGCGGAGACAUUCCUGUUCUUAAAAUGGCGGAGAAUCAGAAAGUUCUUCGUAUUAAGCUUCGUGUACCACGCAAUAUUCAUCACGCUAUACAGCCUGUACAUAUUGCAAAUAUUCCUAUGCGAAGACAGAACUUGUGACGUGCCGAGUUAUCUACGCCCAGUGCAAUACGUCAUAGUACUCUUGAAUAUAUGCUUCAUGACGAAGGAGAUUUUUCAAGCCUGCCUCGACUUCUCCGCUUACAUCCGACAGUGGGAGAACUGGUUGCAGUUGCUCAUAGUUACCGGAGUCUUCUUAUGCACGAUACCGACAUGGUAUCGCGACAACGGCGUCACGAAUUCCAACACGUCAAACUGGCAGCACGACGUGGCGGCCGUGACCAUUUUCUUUUGCUGGUUCGAGUUAAUGAUGAUAAUAGGACGGUUCCCCACCUUCGGUUUGUACGUGCAAAUGUUCACGACAGUGACAGUAAACUUCGCGACAUUUCUCCUAGCCUACAGUUGUCUACUCAUUGCCUUUGGAUUAGCAUUCAGCGUCCUAUUUAGCAACUACCCUGCAUUUCAUCUGCCAGCCGGCUUAGUUAAAACAGUUAUGAUGAUGUCAGGGGAGUUGGAAUACGAGGACAUAUUCUACAAUAACUGCACAAACUCCCAGAUAUACUAUCCACUGACAGCUCACGCUAUGUUCCUGAUGUUUGUGCUGCUCGUGACCGUUAUACUGACGAAUUUGUUGGUCGGUUUGGCUGUGAGCGAUAUACAGGCAUUACAAGAGAGCGCCGGCCUCGACCGUCUAGUCCGCCAGACGCAACUGGUGGCCCACCUCGAGAGCAUGCUUUUCAGCUCCUUGCUGUCAUGCGCUCCGCAGCAACUAAUGGCGGUGCUACGCUGGGGGGCGUUGUUGACAGCAUCGCACAUGCGCACCCUGAACAUCAGACCCAACGACCCCAGGGAGAACAGGAUACCAAGAGAGCUGAUAGCGUCCAUCUACAAAAUGGUAGUCAGCCGCAAAGCAACAAAGAAAAGCAUACGCAAAAACAACAACUACGAAUGCCGUAUAAAGAAGUGCCAGGACGAGGUAGACGUUGAGAGGCAACUCGUCAAGAGAAAGAGUUAUCUGUACGAUAGAUUCUCGAAUGAGAACAUCGAGAGAAGGAAAAGAACCACUUCGGCGACCGUCGACACAAAGACCAGGCCAAUGUCUUUCAACAUCAACGCAAUACAAGAGAUAUGCAUGGUCGAUAUAAAGACUCAACUCGCGGAUUUGAUGAAGAAAAUGAACAAGUUGAUCGAAACCACAGAUGCAAAAUUAGCUUCCAUCGAAAAGAAAUUGGAUGACAGGCGACCGCCUUGA